AUGAUUCGAGAUACAGGAGUUAAUAGAAAUGGAAAUAGAAUUUUAAAAAGAAGCGCCAUACCAACAGUGAAGCUGAGACUCCUAGCAGUCCUCGGAGGAUGUGUGAGGAUCGCGCCCCCCGCCCCCGCCGGCGCGCGCUGUGGCGUGUGCCUGGAGGAGCCGCUCACGCGAGUAUUGAUACCGUGCGGACACGUCCUGUGCGACGAGUGCCUCGUCGGCAUACGGGCGUCCGAACCGCAGAUGCGCGACAGUUGUCCAUAUUGCAGGACCCAUAUUGGCAACUUGCAUUAA